AUGGCCACAUCCAGUGUGCAGCAGACCCCCUUUUUCCCCAACUCAGCAAACCAUGUGGGAAUCUUGCACGUGUGGAACUCCUCAGGGGGUGGAGCUGGCAGUGUCAACGUCUACUCUGAUCAGGAGAUCAUCAUUGGCCGCAGUAGCAAGUUAUGUAACUUGGCGCUUGAAGGAGACUUGGGUGUCUCCAACAAACAUAUCCGCAUCUACGUUAUCAUCUUUGACCAGGGGAAUCCAGGAGAGGUGGGGCCCCUCAUAUACGCCCAAGACAUGUCUAGAAACGGGACCCGGUGGAACGGGGUGCAUAUCAAGAAAGGAGAUGCUGGCGUACUGCUAAGUGAUGGAGAUAGGUUGGGAUUGACCCCAAACACGAUUAUCACGUUCCAGACGUGGACAGAGAGGCAGCGUGAUAUUCCGUUUAGUGAGGUGCAGAAAAAAGAGAUGCAGCACUUUGAAAGAAGGUUCAGAAUCACAAAUAGACUCCUUGGCUGCGGUGCAUAUGGAAGAGUCCAUAUGGCCAUAAGCACAAAGCACAGGAAGCAGCUAGCUUGCAAAAUCAUUGAUAUCGGUAGCCUGAAGAGACGGCUAAGCCAAAUUGAAGUUGAGAAACGUACUGAAUUGCACGUUCCGCGCCCUGCUGCGGAUGUCGAUGCCUGGCAGGAGAUCGAGAAAAUCAAAGACUGGGCUGAACGACGAAAUGAGACUAGCUACGUCAAGUCAAAGCUUCAAGUUUAUAAGCGGGAGGUGGAGAUCUUGAAGGAUCUAUUCCACCCAAAUAUCAUAUGCCUCGAGAAAGUGUUCCUGAGCUCGAACACCAUUUACAUCUUUCAAGAACUGGUCACCGCAGGAGACCUAUUCUCGUUCCUCGAGUUUAAACAAUUUAACCUAUCCGAUCUCGAGGCCGCGGUAAUAGUGCGUCAAAUCGCCUUGGCGAUACGUUAUCUCCAUAGAAAUAACGUUGUUCAUCGCGACAUCAAACCAGAUAAUGUCUUGAUGACGUCGCUUUCUGAUGGUGCGCGCGUCGUCUUGACGGAUUUUGGCUGUGCUCGACGUCUCGAAAACGAGAGCAGUCGCAUGAAGACUUCGAUGGGGACACUGGAAUAUACAGCUCCUGAGGUCCCACGAUCGACAUCUCCUGGCUGUGGAAUUGGGUACACUAAAGCAGUCGACAUGUGGUCCCUGGGUUGUCUUACUGUGGUCCUCUUAACUGGGGGAUCACCCUUCACACAUCCAGAGACGGGAAAAUACAGCGAAGAUAUGGCACUAAACUGCGAUCUGAGCACCCUCGAAAAGGAGGAAGACUGGCAGCACGUCGGACGACGCGCCAAAGACUUCGUUCGCAACCUCCUCAUUCUAGACGACAACUCUCGGAUGACAGCGCACGACGCCGUUUCGCACGCAUGGUUCACAAGCCCCACCUACAAGGAGGAAUUCGAAAAACUGUACCGACGGGCAGUGAAGGAUUGGCAUCCCCGCCUUUCCAUGAAACACCAGGUCGUAUCUGACGAGAACAUCGAGGACGGUAUAUGCACGAAACUCACGCAUUGGCGAAAGGUGCCUGAGACGCCCAUGGAGUGGCCAUAUAAACCGUAUCCGAAUAAGAUUCAUCGGAUUCUUUACCCAGGGAAGCAGCCUGGAAAAGAUAUAUUGGCGCGCAGGGAUGAAAAGAAGGAGAGGAGAAUUUAUCCGUGGAGGAAUGACGACGGGCACACGAGCGUGCUGGAUCGCCAACAUUUUCGGAUAUAG